CAGUCCUUGGUAAUAUCUCGUGGGUGUCGGACGACUCUCGAACACUAAGAUCUUUACGUAAACAUGAUCGUCCUCCGUCAUUUUUGUGACAAAACGUGUUAUCGGUGAAUGGGCGUUAAAUCUAUGAAUUAAAUGUUUGUCUCACUGUUGAAUGUGACUUGUGUUACGUGUAACAAUAAAUAAGACAUAAAAAGCGUAAAAAUAUAGUUAGUUUUUGGUUUAUUAUCGGAACAUGACCAAAACCCAUGUCAUGGUGAAUUAGAGGAAGGAUUUUAUAGUGUUGUGUCGCUAGAUUGUGUGAUUUAACAGUCAUUGCGUCUGGUCUGUGAUUGUGUUGUGAAUUUUAAUUUAAUGUUUACAUCUGGGUACUUAAAGUUAGCGGAUGAAUUUAAUAUUGGUCCUAGGUACUGCUUCAAAUCUUAAAUAAAAUUGUGAUUUCCAACGAAUAAUCACGAAUUUAUCUUGAAAUCACGCAGUAAAUAUUCCGACAAUGUUUUUCCGAGGAUUUUCCCUAGUCAAUUAAAACUUAUUGUUUUAUGAUUAAUAUUGGUUAAUCAGCAUAUCGUCGUUAACAUCACGACAUUGUUGCGUUAACGGCUUAAUAAACCUACGAAGUUAUUAAUCGCUUCUACACGACUCCAAAAAUCUUCCUCGAUUCGCGUCACGCAUUAUUGAUGACCACUGUUAUCUCUAAAAUUAGUGGUUAUGGUUAUUCUUAGCUCAUACACGUGAACGCAAUCUUGAUUCGAUGUUCCCUUUAAUACACCGCAAGUGGAAUUCCCUGAUUGAAUAACCGACGAGACAGCCUCUUAGCAUUAGCACCAUUGCGAAGCCGGUUCACCUGUCGCCAGCACCUACGCCGUGUUUAAAGUCGUUUAGAGAAUUAAUACAAAAUAAAUGACUGUCGCCUCGUUAGUUAAAAUUGGAGAAACCAAACAAAUGACAGUCGCAUGCUAGCAGCGCCCGAAGAUGUACACAAUAGUGUUGUUGGUGUUAAUCGCGCGAACUGUAGCCGGUCGUGUAGAAUGUGAUUUCGAAAACAGUGUGGACAUAUCGACAGGGAAACGAUUAUCCAACGGAGACAUUUUAUACGAGAAUGAAAUUUACAAUAGAUACCAAUAUUACAUCGAUAACGAAACAUUACAUGAAAGAGGAUGUGUUUGUUUGAAAAAAACUUGUAUCAGAAAAUGUUGUCCUGUGGGGCAGGGAUACACAAAGAAGUCUUGUGUGGAUGUGGCUGAACCGUUCAAUCCCCCGAUAUGGAACGACCAUGUGCCACAGAGAGGAAUGAACGUGUCCAGGUUCGGUCUGGUGUCAGGGAUAGUGAAGUGUAGGGAGAAUUUCGUGAGACUGAGGAUAAACGGGACAGUGAAGGGAGACUUUCGCCUGUUAGUGGACGGAAGGCUAUUCAUCCAAGUGCCAGGCAGUGUAAACCCCUGGCUGAAGAGAGAACCUGACGAGUACUGCAUAGACAGCUUCAUACAGGAACAUGAGGAUGGAUCGACUAGUACCAAGCUGGACGCGCUGGUGUGCUUCCCUCAGGAUGAAGAAGAUAGCUCGAAUUACGUCGUCAGUUCCACUUGUAUGCUGAUCUCAUCAGCGUUCUUCAUCGUGACCAUAGCGGUGUACGCGCUGCUUCCCGAGCUGCAGAACCUGCAUGGACGGGUGCUGAUGGUCUACCUCGCCUGCAUGUGCGUGGGCUUCACCUUCCUGGCCGCCAUGCAGAUUAUGAUCACCGUCAAUAACACCACGAUCACGAUCUGCAUCGGACUCACAUUCGUGAUCUACUUCGCUCUGCUGUCUGCAUUUUUCUGGCUAAACGUCAUGUGUUUCGACAUUUGGUGGACUUUUAGUGGCAAGCGUGGUCUGUCUUUCGAGAAGUUAUCGAUGCGCGCUCGUUUCUGCGCGUACGCAGCGUACGCCUUCGGGUUCCCGACUGGGUUGACGAUAAUCCUAGCAGCGCUCGAGUUUUCCGGGCUACCCGCGCACCCGGCCAUGCCCAUGUUGAGACAACAGGGAUGCUUCCUUCACGGCACAAGUAAAUUGCUAUACCUGUACGGCCCCAUGAUGAUCCUUUGCGUGGCCAACAUCGUGUUUUUCAUACUGACCGCGUGGAAGAUCACCCAGAUUAAACAACAGACGCAGAAGACCCUCAAGUCUAAGGACAGCUCUACUACGGACCAGCACCGGAAUGACAGGCAAAGGCUACUUCUCUACGUAAAACUCUUCACCAUAAUGGGCAUCAACUGGAUCUUGGAGAUAAUCAGCGGCCAAUACCCACAGACCAACAUAGUGUUUCGCAUCAUUGACGUCUACAACGUCAUGAUCGGUGUCUUCAUUUUCAUCAUCUUCGUCUGCAAGCGCAAAAUCUUCCGCCUCAUGAAAAAGAGGUACAACCAGAUGCGCGGGAAACCUAUGUCGCGCACACAGACACAAACCACCUCCACACGCACGCUGUCCACCCGAGAUGAUGUCCGUAUGAACUCUGUCAAGAAUAACCAACAAGUUUGAGUCCUCUCUGGUGUUGAUGUCGCGUCAUUCGAAGAUAGAGGUUUGCUCCAGCGGAGUUUCUCAAUCCUCAAUGAUAAAUAUAGAUACGUAGGACGAUAUCCACAGGUGCCUUUGGCAAGUGGUAAGCUGAUCUGCGAGACGUGACAUGCUGGUCAUGACAGACUCACUCCACUAAUCGGGAUGAUUUUAUGUUGUAAAAAAUACCGACGCGUCAUGGCGCUGGGUUGUGUAUCCUUAUCUACAAUAAUGUUGCACAGCAAAUGCAAAGCUCCACAUUUAUUGAUGAAAACACGAAACAAAAUUAUAACAGACAGUGCUAUUACAGGGUUAUAUUCAUGCAAUGAUCCCAAGCGCUGGGAAGCCGACCGUUUGGAGCAGUUAACAAAUACACUCCGUCAGUAAAACAAAUGCUCGAACAUAAUUAAAACUAUGAAAAUCAGGGUUAAUAGGUAAUAACCGUCCAUUGAUAUUCCUUAUAAGUCUGUGGUAAAUUCUGUACAUGUAUUUUUUUGUUUUAAUUGACAGCUCCAGAGCAUCAGAUGCUUUUGACUGCUGAGACCGCGAAAACAGAAAUUCGCAAAUUGAGGGGAUCUUUCUCUUUUACUCCAAGAAAGGCGUAAUUAGAGUGACAGAGAAAAAUGCUUGCAAUUUGCGGACUUCGAUUUUCGCGGUUAUAACCGCGAAAAUCGAAGUCUAUAACUAUUAUAUAGGCUAGGUAUAGCCCUGGAACUAAGGUAAUUACUGUUUAUCGCUGAAGAUGACAAUAUUGUACUGUUGUUUGAAAUACGCAUUCGUCUAAUUUUUCGCAGACUGUUUUUGGUUUUAAACACUACCACAAUUUAAAAUUCUAUCAGAAAUUACUAAAAAAAAACUAGGUACUUCAAGUAGAUAAAUAAUUCGAAGUUAUAUAUUUUUUAUGGAUUUUUGUAUGUAUUUUGUAUUUAGUGGUUAUUUAUAAAUAAUGAAGAUAAAUUGUUCUGUGUAUUGAACCAAAGAAUGCGAAGAUUUUAAACACCUGGUAUCCGACAAAAAAAAACUAGAUUAACGAGACUGCACUGCCACAUGUUAUAUUGGUUAUUGAUACUAUGUUAAAUCCCAUAUUCAAAGGCGUAGCGCUGAAAUUACAAUAGUUAUGUAUACUAUGUAUGUAUAUGUAUACCUAAUACCUAAGUAUUUUUAAAUGUUUGAUCUUUUGAUGUCUGCAUAAAGCGAGCUUUGUUUCCUCUAAAACCUAAGGAUUUAGUUUCUUUUCGAAAUUUUUAUCCUGAUCCCCUCGCGUGUAUUUUAUUAUACAUAUUGAUAUUUGGAAAUCUAUUUAUUUCAUAUAAAAAUACACAAAGUAACAAUCUAAACUAAACAAUUCACUAAAUUCACGUUCUAUCAAAUUGUAAUUUUAAAUACUUUUCGACAUUUCUUAGCUCCCUUAUUGAUCUCAUUAUUUUUUAAGAAAUAUUAACGGAAUGACGUUUUAUACUUAAUAAUGUUUGUAACUAGAACUAAGCAUACCUUAUAGUGCGACAUAAAAUAGUAGAAAUUAAAAUAAAAUGGAACAAAAGAAAAUCCAUACUAAGCGUUGCCAUGGCAUUUUACGCCAAAAAUGUUAUAGUUACGUAGGAAGUGGCGCCCUCUUUUAUUUUCUACAAUUUCUUGUCAAACUAUAGGUUUAUAUUUUUGUGUUCAGAUACCUUAUAAUAAAAUUAUGCUAAAGAAAUGAAAUGCACUUUAAAACUAAAUUAGUAUUUACUAUCUUUAUACAACAAAUCGAUGUUUUUAAAAAUGCACUGAAAUAUUUCAUCUACCUCAUGGCUACUCAAUAAGUGUAUUUGGUGUGUAGGUGUGUACAGUCGAGGUCAAAGAUACAUUUACACUUUUUGCCUUAUCACAAAGGGGUGCAAAAUUGUAAACGUCGACUGUACAAUAAUUUACUGUACUGUCUCUAUACUAUGAUUGUAUUAAAGGAAUAUAUAUUGAGUUUUCAAUGUAUCACUGAUACUAGUUUACACUUGGUAAUAAAUGGUACAAAUAAU